AUGUGGGACUGCGGCGCGGCGGGAAAGUGUAAUGUCGAACACACCGACUUUCGCGUGUGCAAGUUCAAGUUUGACCCGCAGUGCGACACGUACUUAAGCAUGUUAAACCCGUCCGACGACCCCAAGACCAACGACGCGUACAAGAUGUGCGAGUACAAGGACGACAAGAAGGACAAGAAAACGUGCUCGGAAGGGUGCUGGUGGCACUAUGCCAGCUGCGACACGGCCUCAUCCGAGGAAGCGUGCGCUGACCGCAUCCGCGAGGAAGGCAGUCGGUUCGUCUACUGCGGCAAGGACGGACGCCCCGCAGACACCGUGACCACCGCCGCACCUGUUAGCCCCACCGCCGCCCCUGUUAGCACUACCCCCUUGGAAGUGCGCAUCCAGUGGCAGUUUUUCGGCAUGACGUGCUCGUGGAAGUAUCAAAACUCGAAAGCCGCGGCCCCAGUUUUGAGCACGGCGUCACUGGGCGCGGCGCAACCGGCGUUCGACAAGGAGGUCGCGAUCAAGAUGCAAAACGUCGACGUGACCGAAGUCACAGUCUCGUGCGACUUUUUCUUCAAGUCCAACGCCGCCGGGGCUGACGUCAAGCCCACCAAGCGGUCGCGGUCCAAGACUGUGCUCAUUCAAAACUGCGACCACCCCCGCUGGAAUGCCGAACGCCCGACCGACCAGGGCCGGUACAUCAAGGACACGUGCGACGUUGUGUCCUGGUACAGUGACAUCAGCGGCCCAAAGCCGAGGCAACCGGCGCCGUUCCAAGCGUGCAAGGGCGCCCUGUUAUACCCGAGCGAUCCGUCUAUCGAAGAAGGCAAGUCCAGCACCAUCUACGUCGAGACCGGAUCGACCGGUCUCGCGUGCUGCAACCCUAAAAGCCCGACCACCGUGGCUACAUUUACAUGCCAAAACUUGCCUGGAACGACUUCGAUUGGCCUUUGCACCGACUCCAAGGACCCGAGCAUCUACUACACCCGAAGUGUUAAGUUCUUUGGCGAAUCGGUGAUCGAUGCCGCGCAGUCGUACGUUCGCGAGCUGGUCGUAGCGGGAGGGCUUCUUGCUGCCGUGGCGGUCGUGGCCGCUGUGUCAGCCAAGACGAGCUCCGUCGCGGGUGUCAAAAUGGACGAUGCGUACUUGCAGCUUUUGGCCUAAAUCAACCAGCACACUAUCCUUCCCACGACAUAGCGGAUACGUGUGGCUUCUUGUAUGUUUUUGAUAUAUUUCAUAAUAAUACCUGACACCUCUUGCAUCG